CGACUGCAAAAUGUUUCAUUCGUCCGAAAACAGUCACACACAGUCAAUUAUAACAAUUGACAUUGAUAUUGAAAAUUAAGUGGAAUUUCGAGAAUUACUGAUUUAUUUUUGGCGGCUUGGCGGUUUACCUAAACUAACUGCAAUUAUGUAUAAUUGCAAAUUUGGUUUAUUAAUUAAAAUUCAUAGAAAUGCAUUAAAAAUUGCAAUGAUAUAUAUGACAGUGGUGUGUCUGCGGGCGGCCGAUGGCAGACCACAGGACUUCUUUGAAAGUGUGGCAAUGGGAGCCGUCCAAAUGGCGGGUCAGGCUGCGGAAAUGAUGUCGAAUGGUGGAGCUCUGAAAAAUGACAAUGGCUUUGAGAUACCAUUUGCCAAGGUACACUCCAAACAGGAGGCUGGUUUUGGUGAAGCCAUUAGGCAACAAAGGGUUUCCGAUUCUUCGGAAGAAGAUCGCAGAAGACGUAAACGUUCCCUAAGCUUAAGUAAUGAACUGGCUUUGGAGUCGCUGUAUGAAUUGGAGGCUCUUAUGCCGUUACCUCAUCAUCAUCGUUCUAAGCGGGCACCCUGCUUUAGUUGGGGAGGUACGGGAACAGGUGGUGGAACUGGUGGCGGUACAGUAGGUGGGGGAGCUGGAAAUGGAGGUGGUGGCACCGGCGGUGGUACUGGUGGCGGAGGCGGUGGUGAUGGCAUUGACGAUGACGUUUUCGACAUUGAAAGACGACGCCGUCAAAUGGCUGCCCGCAGACGCAAGGCGGCCCAACAACGUAAAAAAUCCCGUACAACGGGAAAGAAAACCACACGUAAAACGAAGAAGGGCAUUGUUGGAGGCGAAGAUGAUGCCGGGGUUGUGUCAACUGCUUCCCGACGUAAACGUCAAACCGAAAUUGAGGAUUUAGGCGAUAAUAUGAAUAAGAGUGGCAAAGAUAUAUCACAGCAUGCCCAACAAUUUGCCGAGACGGUGCGCAGUGCUUGGGAGAGUUUUGCCAAUUCUAUGAAUCAAAUAGCUCAGAAGGUUAAGCAGGCAUUUGCUGGUAACACGUCGGGAGCUGGUGGCAGUGGAGGCGAUGGCGGUGGUGAAACGGGGGAAAUUUAGAGUAUUUUCUCUGUAAUAUUUUGUACAUUUUGCGAAUGGCUAAUACAUAUGAAGAUUUUGUCAACAAUA